UCGCUUGAUGCAGGAGCUGCUGGACCCAAGUUCUGUGGGAGUUCCCUGCUCUGGGGGACACAGGCAGCUCCUCUCCCAUCUCCCUGCUGCACUGGCUGAGACACAAGGAGAAAUGUAAGAGUGCAGCUCUGGGAAUUCACCUCUCUGGCAGAAGCCCUGUGGACCCAGCCCAGCACUGAGCCCUGUCAGCAGCAGCUGGGGAUGUUCAGCUACCUCCGGGAGCGCUUCAGCAGCCGCCUCCGGGAGCGCAGCCGGCGCCGCGCCAGGCUCGUCUCCAAGGAUGGCAGGUGCAACAUCGAGUUUGGCAACGUGGAGCAGUCCAGGUUUGUCUUCCUGAUCGACAUAUGGACAACCAUCCUGGACCUCAGGUGGAGGUACAAGAUGACCAUCUUCAUCUCGGCCUUCCUGGGCAGCUGGUUCCUGUUUGGGCUGCUCUGGUACGUCGUGGCCUACAUCCACAAGGACCUGCCCGAGUUCAACCCCUCCUUCAACCACACCCCCUGUGUGGAGAACAUCAACGGCCUCACCUCAGCCUUCCUCUUCUCCCUGGAGACCCAGGUGACCAUCGGGUACGGCUUCAGGUGUGUCACGGAGCAGUGCGCCACUGCCAUCUUCCUGCUCAUCUUCCAGUCCAUCCUGGGCGUCAUCAUCAACUCCUUCAUGUGUGGGGCCAUCCUGGCCAAGAUCUCCAGGUCCAAAAACCGGGCCAAGACCAUCACGUUCAGCAAGAACGCUGUCAUCAGCAAGCGUGGGGGGAAGCUCUGCCUCCUGAUCCGCGUGGCCAACCUCCGCAAGAGCCUGCUGAUCGGGAGCCACAUCUACGGGAAGCUGCUGAGGACCACCAUCACCCCCGAGGGGGAGACCAUCAUCCUGGACCAGGUCAACAUCGAGUUCGUGGUGGACGCCGGCAACGAGAAUCUCUUCUUCAUCUCGCCCCUCACCAUUUACCACAUCAUAGACAAGAACAGCCCCUUCUUCCACAUGGCAGCAGAAACCCUCCUGCAGCAGGACUUUGAGCUGGUGGUGUUCUUGGAUGGCACCGUGGAGGCCACCAGUGCCACCUGCCAGGUGAGGACGUCCUACAUCCCCGAGGAGGUGCUCUGGGGGUACCGCUUUGCUCCCAUCGUGUCCAAGACCAAAGAAGGGAAAUACAGAGUGGACUUCCAGAACUUCAGCAAGACAGUGGCCGUGGAGACUCCCCACUGUGCCUUCUGCCUCUACAAUGAGAAGGAAGCCAAAGCCAAAGAGAAGAAGGGUUACGACAACCCUGGCUUUGUCUUGUCUGAAGUCAAUGAAACCAGUGACACAAAAAUGUAGUGCCAGGUGUUCGUGGGGCUGAGUUUUCAGAGAGAAUUCAGUCUUGAGAGGAUUAAUAAAUAAUCAGUAAAACAAAACAGAAAGACUGUUUGGGUUUGCUCUAACCCAGCAUUUGUUUCCUCAAAAGCCUCCAAUCAAAGAGGAGCAGCAUACCAGUGAUCACUAUUUAACUACACUAUAUAUAUUUCAUAGAAUUUAUAUUUUUAUAUCCAUAGGACAUUUAAUGAAGCUGCUAUGUUGGAGUGUCCAACUCACUGAAGUUUUCAGGGGUGUGCAAAGAUGUUAAAAAGCCUGAAAAGAUGGAAAGAAAUUUUAGGACAAUUAAGAUACACAGCUGCUGGAAGGAGAACAUGAAAAGGCGAGACAGAAGGCAAAGUUAAAGAAACCUAAAGGACUUAGGAGCCAAAACCUCAAAAAAUUUUCUGGUUGCCGAAGUCCUCUAUGAAAACAGAGUCUCUGGCUCUGGAACUUGAGCACGUUUGAAUGUUCUUGAACAAUUCCUUCCCUCUUUCUUUGGGACUGGUACAGCUGCAGGACAGAGCAGUAAGGGAUGGGACAAGCCUAGGAAAUAGAGAAGGCAGAGCUUGGCCCAAGCUGCUGCAUCUCCAACUCCAAAAUGUGACUUCUCCCCUCUGAAAGCCUUUGACUCCUUUCAGGGAAAAAGCCAAAUGGAAAUAAUAACUGGAAAACCAAGGAGAAGCAGAGGCCCACUCUGGGACAAAAGGAAUUUUGCAGCUUAUUCCCAACUGUCCCAGGCUUCAGCUGCUCUUCACUGCCCCAGGAGCUGCCUGGAUGGGGAAUAGGGAACCAUUCGAAGACAACUCUCCAGAAAGGUGGGGAGAUGAGGAACACAUUCAUUCCUUCACACCUGGCAGAAAGCCCUCCAGUGGGAGAAGAGAGGAAAUUCCCAGCUCUGGAUGUAUCCUUCCAAAAAAUCCCCAAUGCAAACAGAGAUUAUCUUCCCCUUUGAAACACAAAGGUCUUGUUCAAAUAAAAACAGAGCCCAGGAGCCUCCUACCAACAUUUGGCUUCAGAUUUGGUUCCAAACUGUUCAUCCCCCCACAACCAAGCGUUCAUCCCUACAGGAAACAACUCCUGCUCAGUGGGAGCUGAGGAGUGCUGAACAUUUUCUGGGGCUGAUUUCUGACAUAAAUGCAACAAGAAGCUUCAACACCUUUUUAGUGAAUUUCUACUGCCUCACAGUCAGGGCUUUUUUCCCCAAUUCAUUGUUUCUGAGAGUCCUAGUGGCAGACCAAAGAGUUUUUGGGAACUCUUCCCAGUGAUGUAACUCAACUCAUCAAUUUUCAAUGCUGUGGUAAAAUGGAAAUCCUGUUAAAAGCUGCUGGACUAAGUGGUUUUAAAAGAAGGGGAGAAUUCAGCAGGUCAGAUGAUGCCAAGAGAAAGCUGUGCUGCAAAUGAGCACAGUGUGAGUAUGGAGAUCAAACUCUGGGAACCAGGAGUGUUCAGGUCCUGGUCCCAGUGUAGUGUGAGCUCCUCUCUUGGCUCAGAACAAAUCACUCUGCUCUGUAUCUCCAAUUGCCAUCUGUACCACGGGACAUAAACACUGAC